UUCAAAUUAAUUAAAAGAAAUAAUUUUAGAAUACUCAAACUUUGAGUAAUAGUUCUACUAACUUUAACAUGUAAAGUUGCUGUAACAAAUUGUUCGUUUUUGAGUAACUGGAAAUAACAAUUAUUGAUUUCGAAGAACUUUAUGGCAGUGUGACGUACGUGACGUCAUGGCGCACGUCCUUCAGAGACGUUACGCCACUGAGUUGAUAGGUAAUUUCAAGAUGGCCGUGCAUCGCGAGCGGAGCUGUUUCCAGCUUUCUAAAAGUUGCAGUGGACCAAGUGGAGUUCUGUGAGAAAACAAGGUGAAGUCCUACAUUGUGGUCAACUGACUAUUCAGAAGGCACCUUUUAUAAGGUUGGUGGCUCCAAUAUGACCUGGAUCUGUAAGUUGUGCGCAGCUGCUUUCAACACAAAAUCAGACUUACUCACUCACUAUAGGCUGCAACACAGUCACUAUUCCAGAAUCAGCCCUCUUCCCUGCCUCUACAGUGACUGCAUUUGUACAUGUCAAACAUUUCCUGCACUGAAAGCACAUUUAUCAAGAUGUCACCCAGAACAACCAGUCAGUCAUUCUCUGCAUAGUCAGGGUCCUGUGAUAUUUAAAUGCCCUUUAUGCACAUUUCAGCAGCCCCUUUCUCAAUCUGCUGUUUUCAGUCAUCUUCGUAGGCAUUUGAAAAACCAUGAAACGGUGCAGUGCCCAUAUAAGGAUUGCUCAUACGCCACAAAUGUGUACUCCUCAUUCAAUACACACCAAAGUCGAGAACACCAAGCAGAUCUUGUGGCAGACUUUCAAACUGAGAUUGCCAGUGAGGAUCCAUGUAAUCUGGCCAGUGCUUCAGAGGAAACUAGUGAAGAAUGCCCUGGUCCGAGCAGGGAAUUGGAGAAUGCGGAUCAUGUUGAGACAGUCAGUCUUAGAAAUCAGCUUAAAAAGUAUGUGUCGUCUUUGUUCUUGAAGAUGCAGGCUAUCCUACAUAUCUCCGACACUGCCACUCAGGAAAUAGUAGACCACUUGAAUGAAGUCUUCUCUCUAUCUGAGCCACUGAUCAAAGAGGCAGUUCAUGAUGUACUUACAAAAAAUGGUCACUGCAUUUCAGAAUCUGCACUAAGUGAAGUUGUUGCUGCUAUCAUGGACUGCAAUGUUCUGUCUACUUCAACUUGUAAAGGUGCUGAGUUGAGUUCCUCAAAGCGCAGAAAAACCUUUAUAGAGCACAACUAUCCUUGUGUAAUGCCAGUGGAGUACCAGUUGGAGCCUGGCCAUGCCAGCAUGUAUGUUCCUAUACUUUCGAUGAUUCAAGAGCUGUUUAGAAGCACAGACAUUCUUAAGAAAAUUUCUGAAACAGAUACUGCAUUCAAUCAAUAUGUUUCAUGCGCCAAUGGCUCUUACUUCAUGGAAAAUGAGUUGCUGUCAACUGGGGAUCUCGUCUUACCACUCCAGUUGUACAUUGAUGAUUUAGAACUUUGUAAUCCGCUUGGUACAUCACGCAAAAUUCACAAGGUGUGUGCUGUAUAUUGGGUCCUCGCUAAUCUUCCACCAAAAUACAGGUCAACAUUACAUGCUAUACAGUUAGCAAUACUGGUAAAAGUGACAGAUCUCCGCAAGUAUGGAUAUGCAGCUGUACUUGCUCCAUUGCUGCGUGACGUUCAUACUUUGGAAGUGGACGGUGUGUUCAUUGAAGGACUUGGCCAAAAUGUCAAAGGCACUGUCUUUUGUGUGUCUGCGGACAAUUUGGCCGCUCAUGGACUAGGGGGUUUUGUAGAGUCUUUCAGAUCAGGCUGUGUUUGCAGAUUCUGCUUGGGCUCAGUUGAACAGUAUCAAGAAUCCGAAGUCAGAGAUGAGAAGUUUGCUCCGAGAACUAAAACCAGCCAUGACCUGCAUGUGCAAACAGUUAAGGUAAGUGACACUUUGAGCAGCCACUUUGGUGUUAAAGGUGGCUGUGUCUUGCAGGAGUCUCUGGAUUACUUCCAUGCUCUCACAGGGUUUCCUCCAGACAUACUCCACGAUCUUUUGGAAGGCAUUGUUCCAAUGGAGCUCAGUCUUUGUCUUAAAGAGAUGAUCCGACUGAAGUACUUCACUUUGGACUUUUUGAACAACAAGAUUACCACGUUCCCGUAUCAACAUGCUGAUAAAGUGAACAGACCUCAGCCUCUUUCCCAGGCUUCUCUUUCUCGGGGGACAAUAGGAGGUAAUGGGCAUGAAAAUGCUACUCUCCUCCGACUUCUUCCGCUGCUUAUUGGCAGUGAAGUACCAGAGGGGGAUCGGGUAUGGGCAGUUUUAAUGGAUCUCAAGGAGGUUGUGGAGCUGGCUUUGUGCCCAUCAUUUACAGAUGAAACUGUGGACUAUUUGGCUUUCAAGAUCAGUGAUCACAGACGGGCACUACUUGACGUUUUCCCCGAGGUAAGGCUCCGCCCAAAGCACCACUAUGUGGAGCACUAUCCUGCCUUAAUUAAAUGCUUUGGGCCCCUCCUGCAUGUUUGGACCAUGCGCUUUGAAGCAAAGCACCGCUUUUUUAAAAGAGUGGUGCAUGACGUGCAAAAUUUCAAAAACAUUUUGAAGACCAUGGCAAUCAGGCAUCAGCAUAUGAUGGCAUACCAUCUUGCUUCACCAUCAUUUUUCAACCCAAACACUCAAGCAACCAGGGUUGACUCUGUUUUGGUUUCAUCACUACCAGAGGUUGCUCAACUACACAUCAGAGAACACACCACUACUGACACAAUCUUUAAGGCCUCAAAAGUGACCAUUGAUGGCACAGACUAUGUCUGUGGAAUGUUUCUGUGUGUAGGAGCAAGUGGUGGGCUGUCUCAGUUCAGCAAAAUUGAGCAGAUUUUACUUUGUAAUAACAAUGUGUCUUUUUUGUGUUCUGAUUAUGAAUCUUGGUAUGUAGAACAUCUACGUUCCUAUGAGCUGACUUUGCAAAAAAGCUUUUCUGUCCACAUACAGUCAAAUUUGAAUGACAUCAUCCCCCUCCCAGCAUACCGUGUGGACGGCGCUCUUAUUCUCACCCCGAAGAGGUUUAUACUUGUAAAACAACAGAGUUAAGCACAAUGACUACUACAUCCCUGCCCAUGUUGCUGAGAGUAGAGCAACCAGACCAGCCACCAAGGAAGCUGAAACUGGGCGCUCGACCUGAUUCUGUUGACUCACUAAUCCGGAUACUAAAACAUGAACUGGACCUCGACCUCGAUGUUGACCUUCUCUACGAAGACCCAGAUUUUGAUGGAAAGCUCACUGCCCUGACCGAUAUUAAUGAACUGCCGCAGAAAGCUGUUGUACACAUUACUUUUUCUCAAGACUCAAGCUCAGUUGCAUCAACAGUGUUGCUCUCUGAUGUCUCGUCUCCAGAGCGUCUGAGCAGGUGGCCGCCAGGGCCUUUUCCAAUCCCAAUGUUCUCAUUCGACGUAGAGCUGAAGCUGAGGGACGGAAAUGCUGAAUAUGAAAACAAGAACACCUACCUCAACUUAACCCGUGACCUGAAGCACAGCAUCUUGGAGAGUAUGGCUUCCACCAUUUAUGGUUUUA